CCGUUUCAGUUCUCAUCAAACACAAAUAAACUAACUGCCGAGGUUGUUAAAGCUACGUUUUUCAAGACCACUCCAGCUUUAUCAAAACUGUACAAGAGCUUCAAUUCAACUGAUCACGUAUAUAAUAACAUUUGCUUUUAAAAAGAUUAAUCAAUUCCUCAAAACAAUAUGCGAAAUGUAUGUUUGACGCGAUAUUCUCAAAUUUAAGCGAAAACGAUACAAUGUUUAUAAACUCGGCGAUGAACUAAUUUGCACUGUAUAAUCAUUUCACUCAGGGAUGUUAUAUCAAACAGUUAAUCAUGGGCCUCCUUGUUAUAUGUCUGGCAUUAAUUUUAAAAAUAGCGCUGAUAGAAAACAGGAUGAUCAAAACAAAUGAUGUGAUAGUGCCAACUUCUAACACCGAAGAACCUGAAGGAACUGAUGAUCAAAAUUCUGAACAGCAGCCACAUGAUAAGGUAAUCGGACUAAAUAAGAGUAAUGAAGACGGAGACCAGGAAGAAGAAAACUUUGAAAUUGAUAAGAAAAUUUCUGAUGAAAUUAAGAAGCAAUGUGCAAUUGUGGUUCUGUCUAAUGUGCAAAAUCAGAGUAUUCGGUCGCUAUUGAGAAAAUACCGAUACAACGCUGAUGGUACCCUGAUUCCAAGCAGUGUGAAGUAUUUCAUCAAGUUACCGCAGAACUCCAAAGCAGAGCCUGUUCUCAUACCACUAAACGACAAGGCCUUUUCCCCAAUGGGUGGGUUUGUGCGGUACUAUAAAGAAGUUCCACCUAUUCCGCGUACUUGGUAGCUACAUAUUUGAAAAACAAUAUAUGUCAAUAAUUAAGAA